CCAAAAUUUGAAGUAGAGUGAACUUUUUCAAUAUAUUUAGUGGAAUGCCACUUAAUAGUAGGUAGUUUUUUAUUAAUAAUAGUACAAAAAAGUAUAAAAUUUUUAGCUUGAAAAACGGAAAACAGUGGCAUCCCUGGCUAACGAGCCAAAUACUGUUUAAAGGAUUUUGAACUUUCUGAUGAACGGUCGCACGAAGAAAGCGGUCACACUAGUCGCAUCUUGGAAACAUUUCUAUCAAAUUUUAAUAUAUAAAUCCGAAAUUAUAUAUUGGUCAGGCAAUCUGGAGAUUGUUAGAUUGACGCACGUCUUCAACCAGAUUCCGAAUCGUUCGUGAGAGGGAUCGCCAAGCGAAAAAACCAGCGAAACUUUCCAGUUUUAGCGAAACGACACACAGCUACUAACUACAGCAACAACAGCGUGCAAGUGGCAGUGGCAGUGGUAGUGAAUGUGAAAGCGAGAGGCGCAUAGCGAAGAGCGAAGAGCAGAGCAGAGCAGAGAAGAAGAACGCGAAAGAGAAACCGGAGAAUUCAGGAGAAAUUUUAGAAGAAAAGCAUUUUGAAGACAGAAGAAAGGAUCCUGUAUAUCCUCUUUCAAUAUUCUCUAUUUUUUUUUUUAUUUUUCGUUUAAAUUUUUUGCGAAGAGGAGCUCCGAGCACAUAUUUGAACAUUUUCCUGUUCUUGCUCUUAACGUUGUUGUUGUUGUUGUUGUCGUCUUGUUGUUUGUGCCAAGUUGUGUAAACAAGGAAAACAUAAAGCGGCAAAAAUAUCAUACACUCUACAUCAGUACCAUUAACGGACAUCCACAACCUACAUAGCUCCAGACCCUGAUCCAGAUCCAGAUCCGAGCAAGAAAUCCAAUUAAAAAUGGCCGCUGCCGGUGGGAGUGCAGUGAACGUGAAUGCGGUUAACGACUGCUUCACCAUUGGAUCCACAGUGGUCUGUACGACCUGUUUCAACGAGGAGGUGGAGGGCGAGGUGCUGGCCUUCGAUCACAACUCAAAGAUGCUAAUCCUGAAAUGCCGCUCGAAGUCCACGGAAGAGCUGAGUGAUAUCUAUGUGAGCAACCUCUCGCUGUGCAGCAACGUCCAGGUGAUCAAGGAGUGCAACGGCAACUUUGACGAUCCGCAGAAGCUCAACCUGGAGCAGGUAAAAAUGCGAUUGCGUAAAACAGUGGAGCGAAGACAGGACUACCUGAAGUCCAAGAACGCGGAUGUCAGUCCAGAGGCACAGGAGCUCUAUAGAGCGAUAGCCAAACAAUAUGGGUACAAUGAGGUGUCCUGGCAGGGACUGAACAUACAGAUACUGAACGAAGUAACCAUCUCGCCGCCGUACCGAGUGGACAACGUGGUGUCCAGCUCGAACAACGAAACUUCAUGCAAUUACAUCAAGCGGAUUAUCAAACAGUUCUUCAACACGAGACCGUCUCCAGCUCCGGAAGGUGCCCAUGGUGCUGCUGCGGGCGCCAGCACCUCGUCCGCCUCGGUGUCCCCCACGUCCUCAUCUCUGUCGUCGAGUAACGCCGCCUCUGGUUCGCCGGUUCCCGCAAACUAAUGAUAAAUAAGUAACAAAACAAAAAAACAAAAAAAUGAAAAAACAAAACAAACAAAAAACAAAACAAAUACAAAACAAAACACAAAAAAGAAACAGAAGCAUGCUUCUAAAAGUACA